AUGGCUUUUUUAAUGCCAUUUAUUUCUGAUCCUGCAUUAAUCUGUCUGCUAGGUGCACUGCUUUUAUUAGGUGCAUUUUAUUUUUCAACUGGCUCUAAAAACUCACCUUUUAAACUGCCUCCUGGUCCACCUCCUCUUCCGAUCAUUGGCAACCUGCAUUUGCUGGAUAUUAGAAGACAAGAUAAAUCACUAUUGAAGCUAGCAGAAAAAUAUGGGCCAGUGUUCACCCUCCACUUUGGGUCCCAGAAAGCUGUGGUACUGACCGGAUAUGAAGCCGUGAAGGAGGCGCUCGUGAACUUCACGGAUGAAUUUGUAGACCGACCACCCAUCCCAAUAUUUGAACAAAUCCAGCAUGGAAAUGGUGUGUUCUUUUCUAAUGGAGAACUGUGGAGAACAACACGAAGAUUCACUGUGUCAAGCAUGCGCAACCUUGGAAUGGGGAAAAAGCUGAUAGAGGAAAGAAUUCUUGAAGAGCUUCAUUUGCUUAUUGAGAUGAUCAAAUCUUUCCGAGGUGAACCAUUUAGCCUCAAGUCAUUUAAUGCUGCUCCAACCAACAUCACCUUUCUUAUGCUGUUUGGGGACCGGUUUGAUUACAAAGACUCAACCUUUGUCACUCUGUUAAGACUCAUAGAUGAAGUUAUGGUUCUUCUUGGAUCUCCAUUCUUGCAUUUUUUUAAUUUCUACCCAUUCCUUGGAUUAUUUCUCAAAACCCACAAGAUUUUACUUAAAAAAAUAGAAGAUGUGCGCAUCAUUUUAAGGAAUUACAUCCAGAUCAGCAGACAAGAUGUCAACGAGAACUCAUUGAGCUACAUUGAUGCAUUAGUGUUCAAGCAACAUGAGGAGACAAACAAGAAAGACAGCCUGUUUCAUGACGAAAACAUAAUCGCCUCUGCACUCGACCUGGUCAUGGCUGGAACGGAGACAACUGCCACAACAUUGCAAUGGGCCAUCCUACUGAUGAUGAAAUAUCCAGCGAUCCAAAAAAAGGUACAAGAGGAGAUUGGGACCAUUGUCCAAUCAGGAAAUCAGGCCACAUAUGAAGACCGGAAAAACAUGCCAUUUACAAACGCGGUGAUACAUGAAGUGCAGAGAUUCAUCACCCUGCUGCCACACGUUCCACGGUGCACAUCUGUUGACACACAUUUCAGAGGCUACUUCCUCCCCAAGGGAAUAACCGUGAUUCCUUCCCUCACUUCGGUGCUGCUGGAUAAAACACAGUGGGAGACACCACAUGAGUUUAAUCCCAACCACUUUCUUGAUGCUGGUGGGAAGUUUGUAAAGAAAGAAGCUUUCCUGCCAUUCUCCACAGGGCGCCGGAAUUGCAUUGGAGAAAGUCUGGCCAAGAUGGAGCUGUUUCUGUUCUUUGUAGGGUUGCUGCGGACGUUUACUUUCCAACCCCCGCCAGGGGUCACAGAAUCAGAGCUGGACCUUGCGGUUCCUCAGACUACUUUUACUUUAAGACCACAGCCUCAGUCAGCCUGUGCUGUUCUGUGUGAAUAAGCAGGACAGUAUUAGGGAAUCAUUCCUUUGUAUUGAUUUUGAGUGCAUAGGACAUUUCUGCUGAGUGCAGCAAAGAGAAGGCAGAGCCUUGGAGAAAUGGUUAAUAUGUUUCACUCUCUGCUUCUCAUAGACUUUAAAGGACAAUUGUGCAGUCCACAGAACCUCACCCACCCACUCCUGUAAUAGACCCCUAUCUUCUAUAAUGUACACGCUCCUGCACCUAUGGAAUGAGCUGUGUUCUGAAUAAGAAUACUAUGGGAAUCUGACUGUAAAAGCUACCUCUCUCAAGAAGACUAGAGCACCAUUAAUCUGUAAUGGGCAGAAAUGCUAUAGGGGCCCCAUGCUAGAGCCAUCCAAUAGGAUCGAGUGCAGGGGUUCUCAAACAUCAUUGCACUGUGAUCCCCUUCUGACAACAAAAAUUACUACAUGACCCCAGGAGGGGUAAUGAAGCAUGACCCUGCCCAAGCCCCGCUGUCCCGGGUGGGAGUGGGGGCAAAGCCAAAGCCUGAGCCCUGCCACCCCAGGUGGGAGGACAAAGCCGAAGCCCAAGGGCUUCAGCCCCUGCCAGGGGACCUGUAACCUGAGCCCUGUCACCCAGGGCUGAAGUCCUCAGGCUUCAGCCCUGGCAGUGGGGCUCGAGCUUUGGCUUCAGCCCUGGAAAGUCUAAGCCAGACCUUGCGACCCCAUUAAAACAGGGUUGCGCGACUCACCUUGGGGCCCCAACUCACAGUUUGAGAACUGCUGAUCUAGUGAAUGUCUUCAAGGUUU